AAGGAUCGUGUUGCAUCAAUUAUAUAUGGACAGAUUGUUGCUUUGGAUUCUCUAUAUUGAGAGAAACAGAGAUGGAAAGUGAGAAGUCUAUGCCUUUGUUUGAGACAAAGAAAGCCAAGGGAAGGGUCAUGCACAGGCUCUUUGCAGGGACUCUAUUUAUGGGUGUAUGUUUCAUAUGGGCUUAUAGAUUUGGUAACAUACCAAGAGAAGGAGAAGAUGGGAGAUGGGUGUGGAUUGGAUUGCUUGGAGCUGAGUUAUGGUUCGGUCUUUACUGGUUACUCACUCAAGCUUUAAGGUGGAACCAAGUCUAUAGGUGCACCUUCAAGGACAGGCUCUAUCACAGAUAUGCAGAGGAAGACUUGCCUGGGAUUGAUAUAUUUGUUUGCACGGCAGAUUCCACCGUAGAGCCACCAAUAAUGGUGAUCAACACUGUCUUUUCUGUUAUGGCUUAUGAUUAUCCAGCAAAAAAGUUGAGUGUGUAUCUUUCUGACGACGGUGGAUCAAACCUUACAUUUUAUGCUCUGCUGGAGGCAUCUAAUUUUGCAAGAUAUUGGAUACCAUAUUGCAAAAAAUUCAAAGUGGAGCCGAGGUCACCUGCAGCUUAUUUUGCUUCAGGAUCUAAUCCAAAUCAUUAUGGUGAGACCACAGCUAUUAAGAAAUUAUAUGAAGAAAUGGAAGACCGAAUUGAAACUGCAACCAAAUUAGGUCGAAUCCCUGAAGAAGCACGCUUGAAACAUAGAGGAUUUUCACAGUGGGAUUCAUACUCUUCACGGCAUGAUCAUGACACCGUCCUUCAAAUUUUAAUAGACGGAAAGGAUCCAAAUGCCACAGACAUUGAUGGGGGUACAUUGCCUACUUUAGUAUACCUCGCUAGAGAGAAGAGACCUCAACAUCCCCACAAUUUCAAAGCUGGUGCCAUGAAUGCAUUGAUCAGAGUGUCAUCAAACAUCAGCAAUGGACAGAUUAUUCUGAAUCUAGACUGUGAUAUGUACUCAAACAACUCACUUUGCAUAUGGGAUGCACUUUGCUUCUUCAUGGACAAUGAGAAUGGCCAUGACAUUGCUUUUGUACAAUUCCCACAGGGAUUUGAAAAUAUGACGAAGAAUGAUAUCUACGGUAGUUCACUCAUAGUGAUUUACAAUAUGGAAUUUCAUGGUGUUGAUGGUUUCGGAGGUCCUUUAUACAUUGGAAGUGGCUGCUUUCACAGGAGAGAUGUUCUUUGUGGAAGGAAAUUCACUAAAGAUUAUAAGUUUCAAUGGAAGAAAGAUGAUGAAAAUAAGAUACAAAAGAGUAUGCAAGAAUUAGAAAAAGAAACAAAGCCUCUUGCAAGCUGUACUUACGAGCAAAACACUGAAUGGGGAAAUGAGAUAGGACUUAAAUAUGGGUGUCUAGUGGAAGAUGUGAUUACAGGGUUGUUAACCCAAUGCAAAGGAUGGAAAUCAGUUUACCUCAACCCUGAAAGGAAGGCAUUCUUAGGUGUUGCACCAAUCACCUUGUCUCAGACACUAGUGCAGCAAAAGAGAUGGUCUGAAGGUCAUCUCCAGAUUUUACUCUCUAAGUAUAGCCCUGCAUGGUAUACGCAUGCAAAGAUUAGCCUUGGGCUACAACUGGGAUAUAUCUGCUAUAAUAUCUGGUCUGUAAACUGCUUGGCAACCCUGUAUUACUCCAUCAUUCCUUCGCUUUAUCUCCUGAAAGGCAUAUCCUUGUAUCCACAGGUCUCAGAUCCAUGGUUUCGGUCAUUUGCCUAUGUGAUAUCUGCAAAGUAUAUUUAUAGCCUUGUUGAAUUCUUGUGUUCUGGGGGCACAAUCCUCGGGUGGUGGAAUGAACAACGAAUAUGGCUAUACAAAAGAACAACCUCCUACCUUUUUGCAUUAAUUGAUACCAUUUUAAAGACAUUAAAAUUUACUAAUGUAACAUUUUCAAUCACUGCCAAAGUAGCUGAUGAAGAUGUAUCUCAACGAUAUGAGAAAGAGAUAAUGGACUUUGGAGCUUCCUCUCCAAUGUUCACCAUCUUAGCUACACUUGCAAUGCUUAACUUGUUUUGCUUUGCAGGAGUGGUGAAGAAAGUGAUCAUGGAUGAGAACUUUAGGCUUUUUGAGGAAAUGUUUCUGCAACUUCUUCUUUGUGGUGCUUUGGUUCUCAUCAACUUGCCCUUGUAUCAAGGCCUUUUCCUAAGGAAGGAUAAGGGUAAGGUGCCAAGUUCUAUCACAAUUAAAUCAUUUAUAUUAGCUCUUCUUGCUUGUACCAGCUUCACAUUCCUGUAUUGAAUUUCAAUUUCAUGUCCUGUAGUGUAAUAGGUCGGGUUAAAUUUCUGUAAAUUUUUCCUAUUUUCGCGGAUAAUAAAAGUUUGGUUUUGAAUUGUA